CGGCCGAAAAAAGAAAAGAACGUUACAAAGCCGUCAAAAGUGUACACGAUUGAUUUUUACCAUUUUUUGGGAAAAAUGUAUUAACUAGUGAUAUUUUUAUAUUGCAUUAGCAAGUUAGUCAUCUAGUUAAUAAAACAAAGUGAUAAUAAGUGUUUUGUGCGCCUUCAAAUUUAUACAAUGAAGGAUCCCUUUGUGUCGGACUCUGCGAUCGAUUCUCCGGCCAGAGAAAGCCUCAGAAACGUCGAUGGGUGUUAUAAUAAGAACUUAUUUAAGAACAAAUCCUUCGCUAAUUCCCGUCGUGCCUUACAGUCCGGCGCUGAGAAGAUUUCGAGGACUUUUAGAACUGUUAGAAAUACUUUUGGUAAUCUGUCACAGCAUUUCAGGCUAGGGGGAAGGCGCCGGCAUCGCCUAGCGGAGACUGGUUCUCCCUGCAGAACCCCAUCCACUCCUGUUACGAAGAAAAAACAGGUACUAGGUAGGAGUCCCGCUAAGUUGUACAGUCCAUUUGGAAUAGAGACACCUCACAGCCGAGAUUUCAGAAUGUCUCCGUACAUGCCUGAUACACCAGACCACGGGUUAUCACCAAAACGACGCAAAGGCGUGACUCAUUCGUGGCACAUCCUCGCCAAGAAGAGACCGAGAGCGCUCUUCCACUGAUGCCUUUCUACCC